AUGGCACCACCAAUGCUCUUCCGACUCAUUCUUCUGUUUCUCCUUUCCGGCAUGAUCACGUCGUGGUCCAUCGUCAAGACUCUCCCAGGCUAUCUUAGUGAUCUCCCGUUUCAACUAGAAACUGGUUACGUUGGCAUAGGAGAAAAAGAUGAAAUACAGCUGUUCUGCUACUUCAUUGAAUCAGAAAGGAGUCCGAAAGAUGAUCCUCUCAUACUUUGGCUUCCUGGCGGCCCUGGUUGUUCUGGUCUUCGUGCCUUUUUCUAUGAAAUCGGUACGUUUGAUACUCUUAAACUCAUCGAAUAA